CAAUCAGCGGCACGCGAUUGUGCUCGCCGACCGACCAUGCAGUUAAAUUGUCAACGGGGUCUGCUGCUCGUAGCUUCGGCAGCGGCACAGUCGGUCUGCGUGGACACAGCGAGGCUCUGAACAAGUUUCCCCACAGCAGCGACGCCUUCCGUCCCCCUCCACCUCCCCCAGCCUUUGUCGUAAUGUAACCAGCGGCAACAGCUCCUCAGCUCACCCGUAAAGCAGCCCGUUGAAGCACACAUUAACUCAGCUGCGCAGCGGGCGGUUGGUCGGGCAUGACCAAGUCCGAGUCGAAGAGAAGCGGCGCGUCCGCGAUCAGCGCCGCCGCCGCCGCCGAGCAGGUCAACAACGGCUCUCUGGACGCCGGCUUCCCGGAGCAGAGCCCCGCGGGCAAAGCCAAGGUGAUGAAGCAGACGUCCAGGGAGAGCCUGCAGCGGAGGAACACGGAGUGCGAGGUGUAUGACGACGGGACCAACACCUUUUUCUGGCGAGCCCACACCCUGACGGUGCUGUUCAUUCUGACCUGCGCCCUGGUCUACGUCACGCUGCUGGAGGAGACUCCUCAGGACACCGCCUACAACACUAAAAGGGGCAUCGUGGCCAGCAUCCUGGUGUUCCUCUGUUUCGGGGUAACGCAGGCCAAAGAUGGACCCUUCACCAGACCCCACCCAGCUUACUGGCGGUUCUGGCUUUGCGUCAGCGUCGCCUAUGAACUCUUCCUCAUCUUCAUCCUGUUUCAGACGGUGCACGAUGGACGACAGUUCAUGAAGUACAUCGACCCCAAACUAGGGGUGCCUCUGCCUGAGCGCGACUAUGGAGGGAACUGCCUGAUCUACGACCCGGGGAACACUACAGAUCCCUUUCACAACGUCUGGGAUAAGAUGGAUGGCUUCGUUCCAGCUCACUUCCUGGGAUGGUACAUAAAGACUCUGAUGAUUCGGGACUGGUGGAUGUGCAUGAUCAUCAGCGUCAUGUUUGAGUUCCUGGAAUACAGCCUGGAGCACCAGCUGCCAAACUUCUCAGAGUGCUGGUGGGACCAUUGGAUCAUGGAUGUGUUGUUGUGCAACAGUCUGGGGAUCUACUGCGGCAUGAAGACGCUGGCUUGGCUGUCGAUGAAGCCGUACCAGUGGCAGGGCCUCUGGAACAUUCCUACAUACAAGGGGAAGAUAAAGCGGAUAGCAUUCCAGUUCACGCCAUACAGCUGGGUGAAGUUUGAGUGGAAGCCGGCUUCAAACCUUCGGCGCUGGCUCGCUGUCUUAGGGAUCAUCUUCAUGUUCCUGUUGGCGGAGCUGAACACCUUCUACCUGAAGUUUGUGCUGUGGAUGCCUCCCGAACACUACCUGGUGCUGCUCCGCCUCGUCUUCUUCGUCAACGUGGGAGGAGUCGCCAUGAGGGAGAUCUACGACUUCAUGGAUGACCCGACGUUCCACAAAAAGCUGGGCCAGCAGGCGUGGCUGGUGUCGACGAUAACCGUGACAGAGUUCCUCAUCGUGCUCAAGUACGACCCCCACACCCUCACGCUGCCCAUCCCCUUCUCGGUCAUGCAGUGCUGGUUCCUGGGGAUCCUCCUCAUCCUCAUCUGGACCCUGUGGAGGUUCUUCAUCCGCGACAUCACGCUCCGCUACAAAGAGACCCGGCGGCGCAAACAGGAAGCGCCCGUCGACUGGGACCGCCAGCUGGGCAACGGCAGCACGGCGGCGGCGGCGUCGGGCCGCAGCAAACUGAACGGCAGCUCCGAGACGCUGCGGCAGAGGAAGUCCUGA